CGCAGAGAGAAACGAGCGUGCAAAGCUGCGCUCAGUCCUCCUCCUUAUCGUGUACUGCGAGACACGCACUCUGUCCAAGGUGGAAGUAACUUUUGUCCUGUGGAGAAGAGUUUUGAACCGCCUUGGAUAUACGUCUGGUCGAAAGAGUCACAACAAACGAUAACCAUGUCGGCCUCAUCGGCAAAAGUCAGUAGGAAGGAGAAUUCAAAUCACGACGGAGCGGACGAGACCUCUGAAAAAGAGCAGCAGGAAGCAAUUGAGCACAUUGAUGAAGUACAGAAUGAAAUUGACAGACUGAAUGAACAGGCUAGUGAAGAAAUUUUAAAAGUAGAGCAGAAGUACAAUAAAUUACGCCAGCCAUUCUUUCAGAAGCGAUCAGAAAUCAUAGCCAAAAUCCCCAACUUCUGGGUCACAACGUUCGUCAACCAUCCACAAGUUUCAGCUCUUCUGGGAGAGGAGGACGAGGAAGCACUUCAUUACUUGUCAAGGGUGGAGGUCACGGAGUUUGAGGACAUAAAGUCUGGAUAUAGAAUAGAUUUUUAUUUUGACGAGAAUCCGUACUUCGAGAACAAAGCCCUCUCCAAAGAGUUUAAUGUAAACGAGAGCGGCGACCCGGUUUCCAAAUCAUCUGAAAUCAAAUGGAAAGCUGGAAAGGACCUGACAAAACGUACGGGUCAGACGCCAAACAAAGCUGGGAAGAAAAGGCAGCAUGAGGAGCCAGAGAGCUUCUUCACCUGGUUUACUGACCACUCGGAUGCAGGGGCUGAUGAACUGGGAGAAGUGAUCAAGGAUGACAUUUGGCCAAACCCACUGCAGUACUACCUGGUCCCAGACAUGGAGGAUGAGGAAGGCGAUGGCGAUGAUGAUGAUGAAGAAGAAGAGGGACUGGAAGAUAUUGAUGAAGGGGAGGAAGAAGAGGGUGAAGAUGAAGAUGAGGACGGUGAUGGGGAAGAUGGAGAGGAUGACGGCGAAGAUGAUUAAAGGUUUCAGUCAACACCUUUUCUCCAUCCUCGCUCCGUGGUCUCUCUUCAACUCAAUGGGAGCAAAUUUCUUUUUUUUUUGGUUUGUUUUUUGGGGUGGGGGGGGGGGGAGGGGUCUGUGUGUUGUCACCCUGUCCGUCCUCUUCCUCUGCAGCCACAGCCUGCAGAUAUUGUCUGAGGACCAGCUCCAUACACAGCGGGUCUGCAGAGGGGUGGAGGUGCAGGUGUCAGUGGCUCUCUGGAUUUUUCACCUGUCAUUAUUUCUCUACAUCUCCCAAAGACAUGCAAAAGAAUUAAAAAAAAAUUUGUAGCAUUCUGCACGUCAUUCUAUGUAGAUUUAAACUCCAUACAAUAACAAUUUGUAUGUACAAUAAAAACAGUUUCUGUUGAAGUUGUGAGUUCAAUAAAAAUAAGCUAUGGUGCAGUGAUAACUUAAUCAUAGCAUCCUUAGCGCAUACGUGUGCACGCAUAUUAUAUAUAUAAUAUGCGUGCACACACGUACAUAUAACAUACACACAUAUAUCAAUACACACGUAUGUAUAUAUAUACAUAUAUGUGUGUGUGUGUGUAUACAUAUGUGUAUGUGUUUAUUAUUAUAUAUUCAGUGGUGGGGGUAAUGAGGCUUAUUAGAAGCUGCAUUUUCCUUUGUGACUUAUUGUAUUAAUGAACUGAUUAAAAGCACCAGCUUGUUCCUUUGAACUGUUGUAAAUGUUUUGGGAUAUCCAUGUAUCUUGGUAGGCCAGUUAAUUGUACACAGUUUAAUGGGGGAGGGUAUGGUUGGGCAGGGGGACUUUGACACCAACUCUGGACUUCUGCUAAAUAAAGUUUCAUUGUCUUGUUUUCCAGGCACCCACAACAAAGAGUUGUAAUGUACAUUUUCUCAUAUAUAUAUGAGAUUACACUAAAACUCAGAGUUCUAGGUUAGUGUAACACAUUCAGAUGGGAGACUACGCUGUUCUCUUGAGUCCUCUGGAGUCUGCAGCUUUUCUCCUGUACUGCUAGAGACCUGUUCCCAUUAAAUUAAGUGUACUAGUUACUUUGUUAUAAUAAAUAAAUGUAUACAUGAUGUUUGGAGUAGUUUGAUCACAUUUAGCCAGUUCAGCUAACAUAACCAAUCUCACAACAUCCCAUUUUCUCAUGUGCUCACAGGAUUAGUGCUAUUAGGCCUGUCCAACGACUUUACACCCUACCACUAUCUGAGUGAUCUUCUUUUCCAGGAAUAGUAAUGCUAGAAUUGAUUUCAUGUUCAUCUUGAACAUCUGUAGCAGGUUAGGUCUACAGCAUAUGUUACUGUGUUGGUGUACCCCUGUAAAGCCUUUGACUUGAUCCCUGAUCCUGUUACAUAGCACAGGCCUCUGGUCAAACAGCUGACAAAAUCUGUUUGGUGUGUGAUUCUUUAAUGGUGUAAGCACUGUUUAAGGAUAAAUCAUACUGGGAAAAAUUAUCUGUAUUUGGCAAAAGUGAAUUGACUUCCAGAAAUAUUUGUCCAGAAAAGUUAGAAUGUCACUUUUAUAAUUACAACUGGGAGCAGGUUCUGGCUGACUCUAGUGAUUAGCUACUUUUAAGAAAAGCAAAGUAAAUUAUUGGAAGCUACUAGCUCUUCAGUGUGACCUUUACCCUCACUGUUUAUGACUUUGCUGCUAGUGGAUGUUAAAAUAAAUUAUUUGGGCUGCCUCAGGUUUGAAAA